UUGGCAAUCACACUGGGUUCCCUGAAUGAAGACUCUCUUCAGGAUGCAGCCGGAGAAGACAAACCUGAAGAAGUCUCUUCUUCGCUGUUGACAUCUGUAACAACUCAAGAACAAGAUAAAGAUCUCAGCGUGUUCGAGGAGCAAAGCCCACUCACCACCGAGGAUAACCAGGCACCUCAAGCAUCAAAGCUGGUCUUUGAGCGCAGCUUGAGUGAAGAUUUACUGGCCACUGGCGAAGAACAUUUUAAGGCCAGCUAUACCGACGAUGAUGACGAGGAUCAUAUCACAGUGACACUGUCUAAUGUGAUCUCACCAACACCACCUCCGUACGCCAGCAGUGCCGGGUACAGCGGCAGCAGCAGCACACUUCUAGCUCAAGAAGCUAAUAGCAGGAAUGUUCUGGAAGAGGAGCAGCAUAACUUUGAUAGCUCUGUUUUGGAUUACAGUGAUGAUGGGCCUUGGGGUUAA